CAAUAACAUUUGAUUAUGAACUCAGUAUCGUCGAAACCGUCGGAGUAUCUACUCAAACAAGCUCUUAUCAUGUUUUUAAAUGAAAACUAUGUAAAUACAAGUGGCAACGAAAAUAUUUCUAAUACUAAAGAAGAUGACAAAGAAGUUAUACAAAAAAAUUAUGAAGAAAGUGAUGUGGAUGUUGUUGAAGUUACAAUUAGAGCUAAAAGAAAUAGUGCUAAAAAGUUUAGAGACUCGUUUAAGAGAUCUUUUUCGUUGAUGAGAUCAAAAUCUUCUGAUAACACGAAAAAUGAGGUUGGGAAGAACUUUGGAACUGCGAGAAGAGCUAUUUCUGCUUCACCGCCUAAUAUGAGUCCAGUUUUGACUGAGAGGCCAAAUUUAGCACCUUUGGUAGUUGAAGAUCCGCCAAGUAGCGAUAAUGGAAGCGAUCUGGAAGAUUUAAGACAACAUAACGACCCCGCGCUCCUCAAUGGGUCUUCAGGCAACUUUGGGAGCGCGGGGGCACGCUCAGCCCCAAGUACGCCCCAAGGAUUGCUCGGGACGUCUUCAGGAACGUUUACAGACCAUCUAUCUCAACCAUCUAGUCCAGGAUACAUAACUCCGUCUAUUCAAAGAAGUCCCAGUCAUAGUUUGUUUGGAAAAUACGAUAAAGGAACGUUAAAACAAUUAUCUUCUUCAACGCCAGCGAUGACGGCUCAAGCUCAAUCUCCAGAGCCACCGAGUCCAAAAACUACAUCAUCUAAAGAAGAAAAACAUCAUACAACUUCAAAAGGGAGACAAAAAAAGUUUCAUCGACAUUUUCCUAUGGUGGAUAUCGAUGAGAAAGUACUUAAUCAUUAUUCUUGUGCCCUUUUGGGCGACAUUCUCCUCCAAGGGCAAUUAUAUAUCACCAACAACUACUUCGCCUUUUACUCGAACGUUUUUGGUUACGUCACGAAACUUUUAAUCCCGAUGCUUUCCGUUGAAAAGCUCACUAAAGAGAAAACAGCAAAAAUCAUACCGAAUGCUGUUGGAAUCACCACAGCCGAAGAUAAACACGUUUUUGGAAGUUUAAUGUCUCGUGAUAGCACAUUUAGAUAUAUGAUUACCGUUUGGGAGAGAGCUAGGAAUGCUCAACAGCUUUUAGAACCAGAAAUACUUCCCAUUGAACAUAAUUCAGAUAGCGAUAGCAGUGAAACUCGGGAAGAAAGCGGGCGAGAAUCCGCAGCCUCUGAAAUAAACGCUCGAUUUACAAAGUGUAUCAUAAAAACGGAAAUAAGAAAAUCGAUCGAUUGCGUUGAUAACCCAUCGAUGCUCAUUAAUAAGAAGUUAUCAGAAGAAGCAGGAAUUACGACGUAUUUCUCAAAACAACGGCUCCUCAUUUUCGCGAGCACCUUAAUUUUGGUUCUUUUAUUUUUUUCCGCCGCAAUUUUGUUGUAUAGAAUAGGAAGAAUCCAGCAGAGGUACUCCUUGGCUUUACAAGAUUACCUUUCAAUUCCACAAAACGAAGACGUUUACAGCGAGAUUUUAAACUGGCAAACGCAUCUUCAUUCAAAAUCAGCCGGGGCGGUGCAUAGCUUUUUAGAUACAAAUUUGGAUCAAAUCGCAAAGGUUCGACAAUCUUUGGAGGCCCUUUCAACUUUAUUAAUGCCAAACGAUAGCAACGUGAAUCAUAGUGUGCAAUCAACGCAAGAUCAACAAGAAAGUUAGCUGAAUUAAUGGAAAGACUGAUGGAGAAUUAAAAUGAAUGGAGAGGCAGAACAAAUAUUAACACACACCAAAAGAUAUAGCCAAAAAAAUAAUAAUAAGAAGAUUAAAAAUUAAAAAAAAAGAAAAACUGCAAGUUCCUUUUACAAAAUAGAUGUCCUCAUGCUGCAGUAUUAAGACACAUUUUAACACUUUUCGGUCGUGUUUCAAAAAUGAUUUUUAAAAGUGUGAUUUUUACGAAGUUAAAACAUUCCUCGGGUGUGCUAAUGAAUGCUAUUUUUUAAAAAUUUCUUUAAAAUAACUAAAACGGGCGGAAAUAGACUAAAAUUGUGCCAUGUCAAUUAAUUUCGAUUUCUUACAUUUUAAAACGACGAAAUGGUAACAAACUUGGAAUAAAUCUGGAAUAAACAAAUAUAAUCUAUUAAAAUAAGAAGUAACCCAACCCAAGAUUCAAGAAAGAAGAAACGCAUUUAAAAAAAAAUAGAUUAAUUUUAAUUUUUUUUUAAUGGACAGAAAGAAUUGAUUUAUUUAAUUUAUUUUUCUUUGAAUUUUCUUAUUGCUUUACGGCUAAUAAUGAGAUGUUUAGAUAUUUAAAAUCAUCUAGACAUAACGUGGUUUCAAAUUGAAAUAUAACGUAGUGUACGCCUAAUAAUAGGGUGGGCUUUCGAAUGAGAAUUGAACGGAAUUAAAACAACUUCAUUUCCAUCAAUUAGCGUUCGGAAGCUUUCAUUUUAAUUUACCUGCACUGUGCUGGGUAUUUACACCCCGGCUGUUAGAACUUCUUAAACGUUUACAUGCUUAUAUACGAAAUAAAAAUGAAAAAGGAAAAGUUAUUAAUAAAAAAUAAAUAAAAACGUAUAAAGCAUGUUGUGGUAAAUUACGAUUAAAAAGUGUAAUAGUUUCCUCUAUUCCUAUACGUAUCGUUAUUAUUAUUAAUCAAUGGUUUUUUAUAUAGCGAGUUUUAUUGGUGUAUAAAUUUGUAUAGUUUAUUUAUUGUUUUUUAUUUUAAUUUGUACUGUUUUUUCUUGAAGAUGUUUGUUACUUUGUACUUUAUAGGACAACUGUGAUACUUUAAUUUUCAUUUUAUGUUUUAUUAAACGAUCUUAGAAUCCAA